GUGAUACGUCGGUUCACUCUAUCCGUUGCUACGGCAGAAGAGAGUUGGUGCGUUUUCUGGCGCAUGGUUAGUGUGAAGUUCCUGUGAAGAGGUCAAGCAAGCAUCGUUUCGAGUAUUCUGCUGAACAGAGUAACAUUUUUGUCGAAUUCUGGUGACAGAUAAAGCACUUUUCUUUUUCAUUCGUUGGGCAAAAUGUGGUUGAAGACACUGAGUUCGACGGCGGUGCGUUCAGAAUUCCAAAGACAGAGCUCGCUUCCGAAACUAUGUCGAACAUUCGCCACACAGCUAGGUGAGCCCCAAGGUCCAACCGUUAAAACUGAAGUGCCUGGACCAAGAUCGAAGGCUCUGCUAAAGGAAUUAAAUUCCCUACAGAAUGCUGGCUCCGUUCAAUUGUUUGCCGACUACGACCGUUCCGUUGGAAACUACCUGCAAGAUGUGGACGGAAAUGUUCUGCUGGAUAUAUACACGCAAAUUUCGUCCAUGCCACUGGGAUACAAUCACAAGGAAUUGCUCAAUGUGUUCAAGAAUGAGCACAAUUUAACGGCUCUCAUCAAUCGUCCCGCUUUGGGUGUUUUCCCGGGCGAGGAUUGGCCAAACAAGUUACAAAAUGUGCUGAUGUCUGUGGCACCGGCUGGUGUAGAUCAUGUUUCCACGAUGAUGUGCGGAUCAUGUUCGAACGAAAAUGCGUUCAAGAAUAUUUUCAUUUGGUAUCAAAAUAAGCAACGCGGUGCGACAUCUUCGUUCACCGAACAGGAGAUUCAAUCCUGUAUGAUUAAUCAGGCUCCGGGAGCACCGAAGCUGAGCAUUAUGAGUUUCCACGGAGCAUUCCAUGGACGAACGUUGGGUUGCUUGUCGACAACCCAUUCGAAGUAUAUCCACAAAAUAGAUAUUCCGUCAUUCGAUUGGCCGAUCGCUCCGUUCCCGAAUUAUAAGUAUCCUCUGGAGGAUAACGUCCGUGAAAAUGCUCAGGAAGAUGCCCGUUGCUUAGCUGAAGUGGAGAGUUUGAUCGAAGUGUAUGCUAAGAAGGGUAUUCCAGUGGCCGGAAUCAUCAUCGAGCCGAUUCAGAGUGAGGGAGGCGAUAACGAAGCUUCGCCUGAGUUCUUCCAGAGUUUGCAGAAGAUCGCCAAAAAGCAUGGCAGUGCUUUUCUGAUGGAUGAGGUUCAAACUGGCGGUGGUCCUACUGGGAAGAUGUGGUGCCAUGAGCAUUUUAAUCUGGAAAGCGCUCCGGAUGUGGUCACUUUCAGUAAGAAGAUGCAACUGGGAGGAUACUACUAUGGUGGUCAUAUGAAGCCGGAUAAGCCGUACCGUGUCUUUAACACCUGGAUGGGUGAUCCGGGAAAAUUGAUACUGUUGGAGUCCGUUUUGAAAGUCAUUAAGCAGGACUCGUUGCUGAAAAAUGUCGAAAAAGCGGGUGCCAAAUUGAAGAAAGGAUUGAUUCAAGCUCAGAAUGACUACCCACAGCUGCUCAACUCCACCAGAGGAAGGGGAACGUUUUUGGCUAUUACUUGUGCUAGUUCCAAGCUGCGGGAUGAUAUUGUGGGUGCUUUGAAGCAGAAAGGUAUUCUUUCUGGUGGCUGUGGAGAAGAGAGCAUCCGUUUCAGACCGGCAUUGAUAUUCCAGGAAAAACAUGUUGACAUUUUCUUGGAUAAAUUCAAUCAGGUCUUGAAAGAAGUUGAAUAAAUUGAUAAAUCGAUAUUUGCAAUUUCAUAGUUCAUAGCUAGCAGUUGAGCAGUUGACUAGAAAUGCAUACAGAAUUGAGGUAUCAUAGCACAAAAAAACGCGUUGCCAUAAGCUGCCGUAUUUCCACAUUGAGGCCAUUGUAGCUUUAAUGGAAUAUUAAUAAUAUACUAACUAAACUACACUGUCUGAGAGAUUUGUGUAAGCUACUACAGAAAUUGCCGUUUAAUAAAAACGAGAACAUUUGUCUUCCGAAGAAUUGUGAUUCCAAUAAAAUGUAUGUGGAAUGUAAUCGUGUUGAGAAUAGAUAAAUGUUGUCAAUUGAG